AUGAAAACUUUAACUUUUGUACUUCUCGCAAUUGUCAUUGCUGUUGAUGCAAGAAACGUUCCUGUGCAAAAUCAAGACCCAUGUGCUUCAGCAAUAGUGGCGGCAAUGCCUAUUUGGAAAAAGGCGGCUGAAAUGAUAGCAAAUCUCAAUACUGAAUGCAAUAAUGAACUAAGCGCCUUGUCAUUUGCAAACGUAGCGGAAUUUAUUGAAUUUUAUAGAGAAUUCUACACUAUACAUCAUUGCACGACUUCUUAUUUUUCAUACAAGCAAAAUAUUAUUGCUCUUCUUGCAUUUAUCGUUGGAGCAAGUGUUGAAGAUUAUUCCAAGUAUAUCAACCACCAAUCUAACAGAGUAGGAGAUGCACUUUGCCUUGCUGAAGGUGAUAAAAGUUUAUUCAACGCGUUCACCAAUGUUGCAGAUGGAUGGAACAACAUUAUACAAUGGGAAAAUCCAAAAUUAAAGGAAGAAAUUGAAUCAUACCACUGA